ACCCAUUUUACAUGUCUAUAUAUACAUAUUGAGAUGUCUAUGAGACUUGUGAUACUGUAAGUUGUGGUUGUAUUGAAAGUUUAUAACAGUUGUGGAAGAAAGAGGAAGAUCAGUAGAAGGAAGGAACAAGAUGGAAGGAUCUUGUGCAUGUGUUACUUCUAGUUGUGGGUGUUUAACUAAUGGAAACUGCACCUGUGAUACUUGCAAGUGUGCCGCAGCCACUAAGGAAACUCCAUCAGGACAGACAAGUGGAGAAGUGCAUGGUUACUGCUCAUGUGGAGAGAAUUGUAAGUGCAAUCCAUGCACCUGCUCAAAAGCUGACGUGGCACUUGAAGGCAAGUCAUACUGCAAAUGUGGGGUGAAUUGUCUGUGCCAAAAUUGUGAUUGUCCCAGAGCAGAUGUUCCCAUUUCAGAAGUUGCAGCCGUUAUUUAGAUAAAUAUUGGAAUUAAUGUACAAGUAUAAUACAGACACAAGCUUCUACUAGUUAUAUAAAGCUGUGUGUAUAACUCUUGAGUUACUUCCCUAGAAUAGUAAUCUGUAACAAAAGUAGUGUAUUAAAAGCUUCAAGCUCAGAUUCCUAUAUCAUAAUUAUAUGUAACCAAAUAAUUAAUUGAAGUGUUAAUUUUGAUAA